GCUGCACAGCACAAUAAAGGAGUGUUCCUGCUGAGGGCAGGCCUGCACAGGCAAAUGCAACUGCACAACAGCAGGAAGAAGGGAUCACAUGCAACUUUGACCUCAUGUGAAUUGCGUCAGGUUUUGACAGACUGAAAGUAGAUGGUGUUCCCGGUGGAGGAUUAGCUCACCACAGGGCAGGGCUUUUACACUGAAAAUUCUGAGCAGAAGGGAUGUGACAUAUUCUCGCUACCUUGACUGACUGAAGGUCCGUCAACUACAGAGAGAAAUGGAGUGUCAGUGUGAGAAGGACCGUCCUGAGGAUGCUGUUACAGGCUUGUGGUUGAACAGCAGCAGUGUCCAGAUGGGAGCUUUUACUGUGGUGGGCUAUGUUCUCUACAGAUUCUCACAAACGCUCCCAGCCCUGAUCCGAUGGCCGAUUCGUCUGUUCUGCUCUCUAACUGGUCUGUCAGCUCUUUGGAGCUGGGUGAGCCGCCUAGUGGGAACCAUUCGUGGAAUCCAGAGUCUUUUUAAAUGGCUGUCUCGAAUUUGGCGAUUUAUCAUAGGAUUUUCCUCCAAGUUCAAGUGGCUGGCUGCUGUCAUCAAAGCAAUCACAGGGACACCCAGAGAUGGAGCAGUGGAGUCGGAGAUGGAUCCAACUAACAAACCAGGCCUAAGGCUGAUUAUCCUGGGGCCCCCAGGUGGAGGACAGACCUCCCUGGCAGAAACUUUGUUGGGCAACAGUGAGACAAGGACACCAAUGGGUCCCCUAAUGGAGAGCACCAAGAGAAGGACAGUGAUGGAUGGUAGAGAGGUUACUGUGAUCAACACCCCAGAUCUUCUCCGGCCAUCACUGGGGAACAACAAGAGAGCCAUGGAAGCUCUGAGGAGCCUUCAGCUCGCCAGUCCUGGACCGCACGCCUUCUUGUUGGUGAUCCAAACUCCAAGUUCCAGCACGGGGAACAGCCAGGAUGUGGCUCAGGAGAUCCGGGCCACCCUCAAACUGUAUGGAGAUGAAGCCGUAGGGUACAUCAUCCCAGUCCUCACUUGUGCAGAUCGUCCAGGUCGAGAGCGUACUCUAGAUCAGCUGCUGGAUGUGGACACUGGGGGUCUGAAAACGGCUCUGUCCCUAUGUGACCAGAGACCAGAGCUGGUGGAUGACGGGCCAGACUGCCCCCCAGAGGUGCAGAGUGUGACACGCAAGAACUUAGUGGGGCGUGUGAUGGAGCUGAAGACACUGAGGGGGCAUUUCAUCCACGAGCUGCAGAGAAGAGAGGACCGCAUCAGGGAGGAGCUGCUAGCUGACAUGGCCUCCGCACUGGCUAGAAAACUGGGACACAUGUAAAUAAGAGAGGGACAAGGGGAGCUCAUGUUUUUGGUCUGUUUUUUGGAGAACUUAAAAAAAUAAGGUGACAGGGUUCAUUCAAGAGUUUAAGUGCAAAGGUGAGUCUUUGCCUUGGGUAUUUUUUGUCAUUUUUCUGGUUUACGACUGUCAAAAUUAAUUUACUAUCGCUAGCUGUCUUUUCAACACACCACAGAUGCUUUCAGUGAGAUAUCAUGCUCAUACACACUUAAUUUGUUCAUUUUAGGUUGUUUUAAUUCUUCGAUGUCUGUUUAUUCUUUGUAUAGGCCUGUGUUUUCUCACUCUGCUCCAGUGUUUAGCCCUCCCCUAUCAUUCAUAAUUUAUGAGAGAUAUCAAACAUUAAAGUGAUGAUGGUAAAAUAAACUUAAGUCAUACUGGUA